UGUAGCUCUUCAGUGUUUAAAGUUAGAAAUGUCCUUGGGAAUUACGACGCUAUGAAUGAAAAACAGCUCAAUCGCAUUCUCCAAGAAGGUGAUAUAAAUGCUAUUGAAAAAGAGCUAAAAAGUGGUCUGGAUGUUGAUUUUACUUUUCAAGAAUUGUAUGCGAAUAGUGACAAUAAUGGCUACGCCCUGCUUGACGUUGCAGUGGCUGCUCGACAAAAAGAAGUUGUCCAGUUUCUUGUGGACAGGGGUGCAAAUGUCAAUAGAAUGCGUAAAUGGCCUGGGGCUACAAAGGAACUCAUCAAUUCCUUCUCUCUGCAGAACACGUGUAUGUACCCUUGUUUAGUCCGUGGGGACGUAGAAAUCGCAAACAUCCUCGUGAAAGCAGGAUUUGACGUGAAUUUACAAGACAUUCGACAGUGUUCUUCACUUUGGCACGCGGCUGAUUCUGGAAAUUGUAAACUGGUAGACGUUAUUUUAAGUUCACCCACUGUGAACGUCAAUUUACCUGAUAUGACCUUUUUACACCCACUGCACGUGGCUGCUCUUCACGGACACAGUAAAAUCAUCUCAUCUCUUCUCAGAAAAGGAGCUAAUGCUAACGCAAUUCACGUGUUUGGAAAUACUCCUCUUAUCUUGGCCUGUAAGACCAAUUGUUACGAGUCUGUACAUCAGUUGCUUCUUUAUGGAGCAGAUGUAAAUGCCGCAAACAUCUAUGGUGUGACACCGCUAUCUAAAUUUUUGCACAAUCCGUCAACACUUCAAGAUUUACGAAUAUUUGGCUUACUUUUGAAAGCAGGUGCUUUGGUCUUUGACUGCGAGUUAAAAGAAUGGAAGCAGCAGGAAGAUUUACAGAUUUUCUCAGAUUAUCCACAGAUUUAUGAGACUCUAAUUCUUAUGUCAUCUAGUCCUUCAUCUUUGAAGACUCUAACGUGUAAAUUCAUUCGAUUUAGAGUUUUGCAAUGUUUAAAAGAUUCACCAGGUGAUAUAUUUUCAAAAAUUGAUCAAUUGCAACUACCAUCUAUUCUUAAGAAAGAAUUAUUGCUAGAGUUUUGA